UUUACUAGUUGAUACCUAGGCACAUAUUUCUCAGUAUGAAACUAUCUCUAUCAACUGCCGACGACUGUGAGGUCGGAAGUUCCUCAGCCCAGGAUACCUUGGCUUCAUCGGAGACGGUUCCCGGUGACCUUGCAGAUCGAAAAUUAUUGCCCUUUGACGUCUUAGACGAUCAGCAUAGCAGCUACAAGUACAGACAAAGACGCCCGUGGCUAUCACAUUUAAAUCGCUGGAAAUGUUCCCAUGUCGCGUGUAACGCACAUCCACUCUCUCGACGCGCAAUCAUCUGCAGAGGGCUCAAGAGACCUUUCUGGGCAUUGGUUUGGAUAUUGGGAUUUCUCAAGGUCCUUUCUCUAAUGUGGACCGGUCUAGUCCACCUCUUUCCCGACAAUCUUGACGCCCGUCUAGACGCCUGGGUCUGCCCCGGUGGACGACCGUCCAUAUUCUCUCACUGGACCACUCACGGGAUCACUCCCGUGCAAUGCCACUCACACAACGACUACUGGCGGCCCGUCCCGCUAUUCUCAGCAGUCAAAGCGGGCUGCAUCGGCGUCGAGGCAGACGUCUGGCUGUCGGGGGAGGAUCUCCUCGUCGGCCACAACCGCUUCACGUUACACCAUGCCGCCACCCUGCGCAGCUUAUACCUUGAUCCGCUGAUGGAUUUUCUUGAUCGGCAUAACACCCGCUCCAGUCGGCUGCAGCCCGACAGGAACGAGGAUCUAGCGGGUGUGUUUGCUCACGAUCCAUCCCAGACACUCGUUCUUCUCAUCGAUUUCAAAACGGACGGAAAUGAUACCUGGCCUUAUCUGGUUGAACAGCUCGGCCCGCUGCGUGAGGCAGGCUACCUUACGCAUUUCGACGGGGCUGAGAUGGUCCAGCGUCCUGUGACGGUCAUCGUCUCGGGAGAUGCCCCCUUCCAUCUUAUUGCGGCGAAUAGCACUUACCGCGACAUAUUCCUCGACGCGCCGUUGGAUAAACUAGGUCAAAGCACUUCGGAAAACCGACAAGAAACUGGUUCCGAUUAUAACUAUACAAACAGCUACUACGCCUCCGUCGACUUUCGCAAGACAAUUGGACCACUAUCCCGAAACCGCUUCUCGCAGGACCAGCUUGCUCGCGUCCGCGAACAAGUCACAGCGGCUCAUGAGCGCGGUCUUAAGGUCAGGUACUGGGGAACCCCGACGUGGCCGCGGGGCCUGCGGAAUCAUGUCUGGCAUGUUUUGGUUCGGGAGGGGGUGGAUUAUAUCAAUGUGGAUGAUCUGGCAGAGGGGACGAUGCAGGAUUGGAGGAAGCAUCGGAGUUGGUGGUUGUGAUAUCCAUUUGUUUGAGUAACUGGGUUUAUUGGAUGGAGUUUGCCGUCGUCUGUUCUUCCUCGGAUUGAGGGAGGUCAGGUAUAAAGGCCUGCAGGAUGAUGGCUUCUGAUGUUGUACGGAAUAUCUACGGGAUAUGUCUUCGAUUAGAGACACCUGGUCAAAGGCCGUAUCAAUAACGGCAAAGAUGACGAAACAUUUUCUC